AGAGGUAACCAUAACCAUAGAUCCUGGGCACAUGAUGCGCGUACGCGUUUCAAGGGCAUUCGCCACGUCCAACUAUCACGAAGAUACUGCACUGCCAGUGAUACAGGUGCUGAUUGACAAGGUCUGACCUGGAAGUUGGAGACGAUCAGCUAAUCUAACUUCUAGCCAGAGAGCCCCCUCAAGCAGGUUCGGGCAAGUCACAGCGGCAGCGUGAAGUCCUGCGGUCAGCGAUGGGGGAUGAGAACUGCGCGCGUCCACCCUUGCUAUUUUUGAUCGCCGGGAUUCCACCCGAUCACCGGGGGUGCGAUCGCUUAAAAGUACCUCCUGUACUUACCAAGCUUCAUGGAAAGCCUUAAAGUCCUCGUUAUCGGAGGUUCGCGAAAUAUAGGGUAUUACUCUGCUGUCCGACUCCUUGCGCUCGGCGCUACUGUUACAUUCCUCCUGCGAUCACCACAAGUAUUCGAUCAGGAUGACACAAUUCAAGCCUACAUUAAGGAAGGUAAAGCCCACCUUAUUCAAGGCGAUGCACUCGUGAAGAGUGAUGUUCGCCGGGCAUGGUCCGAGGCUCAGCUUGGGGACGACACCAGACCAGUCGACUUUCUCAUCUUCACAGUCGGCGGGACACCCGGCUUUUCACUAACAAAAGGCCUCACCAUCACCCCACCAAACCUCGUCACCCAAUCUCUCAUAAACGUUCUCGAGACUCUCCCAUCCCCACACCCAAAAAUUAUAACAAUUUCUUCCACGGGCCUUACGCAGGCCUCCCACAAAUCAGUUCCCCUCCCUCUCAAACCGCUGUAUAGCUACAUCCUAGCCGCACCGCACAAAAACAAAUGCGGCGCGGAGGAAGUCAUAGCCCAUAGCGCUGGGUGGGAGUGGGAUGCGAGAGACAGCCCAGGCGAUGACAUUCUCGGUGCUGGCUGGACGAGCCGUGUCCCCAAUGCUGGAGAACUUAAGAGUAUCGCUGUCAUCAGGCCUGCGUUGUUAACUGACGGAAAGUGUCGCGCAGACGUAGAAGGUAAAGAAAGCAAUGCAUAUAGAGUGAAAGCAGAGGAUCUAGAGUGCGGUUAUUCGGUUUCAAGGAAGGAUGUGGCACAUUUUCUCGUGGAGGGUAUGAUGAGGCAUUGGCAGGAGUGGGAGGGUAAAUGUGCAAGGAUUGCAUAUUGAAUAUCAUCGCAUUCUUACAAGCAAUCCGCUCGCCCGCAGACGGCUCAG